AUGUCGGUCCAGUCUGACGACGAUCUCAUGUAUGAGGAAUCUUGUCCAGACUCGGACGAGGACUAUGAAUUAGAAGACUUUGACAACGAUGAGGAAGUCAUUGCUGACGAAGACGACGCCGAUUUCAAUUUUACGGACGUGGUUGCAGAAAAAGAUCGUAAAAAAAGUUACGAAGUGGAAUUCAAAGUUCAUUCUAUUCAAGAUAUUGUCAAGAACCAAGAUGAAGAGGUUACUCAUGUGUCUAAUAUGCUUCUCAUCCAAAAGCAACAUGCAGCGACGUUACUUCGUCAUUUUUGUUGGAAUAAAGAAAGACUCAUCGAGAGAUAUAUGGAUGCUACAGAAGAAGUCUUGAAAACAGCUGGAGUCAUAAUUAAUGAUUCUAUGCGUCCAAAAUUCGUAAAAGUGCCAGGAUUUAUGUGUGAUAUUUGCUGCGAUGAUGACAAAGAUAUAGAAACCUUGGCUCUAUCGUGUGGACAUCGGUUUUGUCAAACUUGUUACAAACAUUAUUUGACACAAAAGAUCAAGGAGGAAGGUGAAAGUCGUAGGAUAUCGUGUAUGGCCAACGGAUGUAAUGUUAUUGUGGACGAAAAUACAGUUGAAUUAGUAGUUGACACGGAUAUACAUGAAAGGUAUCGUACGCUACUAAAUCGAACAUACGUAGAUGAUAAUGAGUCUUUAAGAUGGUGUCCCGCCCCUAGCUGUGAAUAUGCAGUCGAAUGCCAUGUACCACAAGCUUCUCUUACUAGUAUUGUCCCAACAGUUGAAUGUUUAUGUAGUCACCGGUUCUGCUUUGGUUGCAGUUUACCUGAUCAUCAACCAUCGAUUUGUACGCUUGUUAAAAGAUGGAUCAAAAAAUGUGAGGAUGAUUCAGAAACGGCUAAUUGGAUUUCUGCACAUACAAAAGAAUGUGGAAAAUGUCAUUCUACCAUUGAAAAAAAUGGUGGAUGUAAUCAUAUGACCUGUCGCAAAUGUAAGUACGAAUUUUGCUGGGUCUGCAUGGGACCUUGGUCAGAACAUGGCACCAGCUGGUAUAAUUGUAAUCGUUAUGAUGAAAGGAGUAGUCAGGAUGCUAGAGACCAGCAAGCAAAAUCUCGUGCAUCUUUGGAACGAUAUCUUCACUAUUAUAAUAGAUUUGCCAAUCAUGAACAAUCCGCAAAGCUUGAUCGUGAACUUUAUAAUAAGACCGAAAAGAAAAUGGAAGAAAUGCAACAAACAUCUAAUUUAUCUUGGAUUGAAGUUCAAUUCCUUAAGAAAGCAGUUGAUAUUCUUGUGCAAUGUCGUAUGACACUUAAAUGGACAUACGCAUUUGCAUUUUAUCUCAGUCGUAACAAUCAAACAGAAAUAUUUGAGGACAAUCAACGUGACCUUGAAAUGGCCGUUGAACAACUUUCAGAAUUAUUGGAAAAACCCAUUGAACCUGAGAAAAUUGGUGAAUUGAAAGAACAAGUCUUGAAUAAAACGGUAUAUGUUUCGGAUCGUAGAGAGGUUUUAUUAGUUGAUACCGCCAAAGGAUUGCUUGAAGAACGGUGGGAAUACCAG